GCCUCAGAACUGAAUGGAGGCUAGCAAACAUCUGCUUUACAUUAAAGUCUGAGUGAACACAUGCAGUUACAUGAGGAGGAAUAGAGUGCAAUUUCCGCUGAGCUUCGCGUAGGAACCCGCUGUGGGCUCUUCAUACACGACUGCUAAAGCACAAAACGUUCGUUGGCAACAGACUGAAAGUGUUGACUGAGCUGUGAACACGAUUCAGAUGAUUCAGUCCCAACACGUCUCAGCAGCUUGUCCUGCUCAGUGAAUUUUCCCAUGACCUGCACUCAGAGGUGGACACAAAAUACAGGGAGGAGUUCAAGCUCAUCAUCGACAGGAUAGCUGUGUGUAAAACUGAGAAUGGGGAGAAGUAUCUUACUCUGAAGAGGAAGUACAAGCAUUUGAUGCAGGAGCGUGAAUGCGAAGCUGGAGCUCAAGUAAACACAGGAGGGAAGUCUAACAGCAACUCACACUCAGAGCACCAGAGCUCUGCUUUAGCGCGGCAGCCGAGUCCAAGUCUGAUAGAGAUGGGGGAGAGGAGGAAGCCAGCACAGAUCUCAUGGUGUGGGCCCACCAUUACAGUCACUGAAGCCCAAGAACAAGAGCAUAUAGAAGAUCAGGUGACAGACAGCUGCCCCUCACUUACGGCCCCUGUAGAGAACCCUGAGUCCCCAACAGAGGAGCCUCCUGAGCCUGCAGAUGGAGAAGAUGAGCUGGACAAGGAUUCAGGUUCAAAGUCAGAAUCGGAGCAGGAAGAAGAGUGUACCGGUAGUGUAGGCUCUACUCCUGUGGCUCUGGAUCCUAUAGAGAAGGAAUGGAUCUAUUCUGCAGCAUGCGGCAGACUGACCCACCUCACCCAGCUGCUCAAGCAGGACGCCUCACUGGCCAACAAAAAAGAUUUUACCUCAGGGUUUACAGCUCUACAUUGGGCUGCUAAGCAUGGCAAAGAGGACAUGGCCGUUGCCAUGGCUGACGCCGGAGCUGAUGUCAAUACCAAAGCACAUGGAGGAUACACACCUUUACACAUUGCUGCGCUGCAUGGCCACCGCCACAUAAUUGAUUUACUAAUUACAACAUAUGGAGCGAAGGAAAACCUGCGAGACUACAGUGGCCACUUAGCAUCCCAUUACCUGAACAUGCAGAGGAUAGCAGAGGAGAGCAGUGAGCUAACUCCAGAGUAUCACAGCCCAGCCCAGGUGAACGAGCGGCGCAACAGAAAGCUAACUUCGCUCUUUCAGUCUCGUAAAAAAUGGGGUUCUGCAGAAGAUCUGGCACCCGUCCCGGAGGAGAGGACAGCGCCCCAUCAACUCAUGAUCCCUGCCUUCAGACCCAGGAAGUUCUCCCGCUAAAUGGUCAUCACGGGUACACAGUAGACUGUAAUUGGAGUGGAUUGAAGAGUUGAAGUACAGUGUUUUAUUCUUUUUCGCUUUGUAAUGUUUGGUGUGCCUUACAUUGUUAUUUAGUGAUUUAUUCUAUUAUAUUGCUGUUUCUUUUCAUUUUUGUAUUAGAGGUAUUUGUCAUGUUUUUACGCUUCUCCUCUUAUUUUUUGCUUCUGUGUUUCUUGCCCAUACAGUUCAAAAGAAAAACUCAAGGUUUAUCAUCAUAUGAACCAAUCAAAAGUCAUUAGGAAUGUUUACUUGCUUCUAAUUCUUUAGACUUUCUUAAUGAUGGCCCUGAAGAAUUUUCUACAGGGAAGGAUUGACUGAAAAAGUCAUGCUGCUACCCACUGUCAUACUUUUCUUAAGCCGACAGAGCCACAUUCAGACAUAUACCGUUGGUCAUAUCUAAUGGAAGGUGGCAAUUAUUUUUAAGCUUUACAGUUAUGUCUUAUGCUUAUGUGCUCAAUUUAAAAUAUAGUUAUGUGUACUUUCUCUAUUAUCUGUUGAAUAUUAGGUAUUAUAAAAGUUAUAUUAAAUAUUGUUCAUUAAAGUGUUGCUUAUUUUUUGCUAUGAAUCUAAUUUUCUAAUGAGAAGACUGCAAAAAGAAGGUGAUAAAAAGACUGAAUUUGUGUUUUAUGCUGGAAAAUUGUUUAAAAUUUGUUUUCCUAUUUAUCUUAUUUACCUUUAUAUCUCUGCUUAUUCCUUUAUUUUUUUGUUUGUUUUUCGCUCGUUUUGCUGAUCGUAAUUGUUUCUGUGUGGAAAAAAUUAAAUAAUUUUGUAUUAUGAUAUUUGCACACUUUUUUUUACAUCUUUGUCAGCUGAUGUUGCAGCUGGGGGCUGUCAUUUUUUUUCCCUUAUAUACCAAAAAUAUCUGGUUCUGGAAUGUACAUGUCAUUCAUUACUGUUAUAACCAUAUUAAGGAACACAUACUUACUAGUUUACUCAUCAUUUUAUGUCCCAAGUUAAAUGACUUUGAGGUGUUUUUGGGGCAACAUGCAGUUUGCAGUUGUCAAUACAGCGGAAUGAAACUGAAACAGGAAUAUAAUGAGCAUAAACCUCUUAAUAAUGUACAGUACUUUGAAGGGCAUAUAAACGUGCCUUGUACUUUGAAAAAAGCUCAGUUAUUGUUGAAAUUCAUACCCAUCAAACAUUGCUGUGUAAUGCCAUUUCUUUACAGGUUUAUGCCGGUACCUGACAAUAUAAACUAAAUUAAGCAGUAGAAAUAAAAUAGCUUUGUCAUAUUUAUUUAAUAGAGGCUAAAAAUAGAAUCCUCUGACUAAACCGUUUCCAGAAAUAAUGUAAAAAUUGUUGUAUACACUAUAAAUACUGAAUACACUGUUUUAUCCAGAAUACAUUAAGAAAGCAUUGGUAAGACACAUGUAUUUAUUUAAUUACACAUACAUUUAUAGUUUCAAUUAUUUAUUUGUUGAAUUAAACAUAAAUGUACGUAUAUAAAAAAAUUAUAAAUAUAAUUCACAUUGUUCUUCACUAUAACCCUUUGGCAGUUAUUCCUCUGUUAAUACAUUUAAUGACAAUUUUGCUUAUUUAAGUGAAAUUCUGGAAUUCUCAGCAUUUUUUCUUGUUGUCUGCAUUGGUUCACUGCUGUUCCCACAAUCCUCUAAGCAGUACAACACCAAUCACACCAAUCACCCUCUCAUUACCUGGAAAGCCUUGUCCACUACUGAGGCGAUUAUUAACAAAAGAGCUCAUUUAUAUUGAUAUGAAUAACUGGCUCGUUGUAUUAAUUUAUCAGUUUACUCAGGCUUUAGCAGGAGCUUCAUUGUUUGUAAUGAAGCUGUUAAUUGAGAUUCUCUUCAUAGUUGGUCGAACAAGCAUGCUCUGAUUUUGAAAUAGUUAAUAAGCUAUGUUUGUUUAUGGCUGUAUGUUUUUUUAUUUAGUGCGGAGGUAUUCUAAUACUGUCUUUACGAAAUGUAUCUGGGAUUUAAUUCAGAUUUGACUUUCUGUUUUCUGAAUAUGUAUUCCCAAUACUUGUAUUCCAUUUCAUCCCAACAAUAAAGAUUCUUCAUAUUUUUAUCUAUUCCCACA